AUGCGAACAAUGUUGAAAAAUAAAGGUAAUGCAACAAUGAAGCGUUGGUUACAGUGGAAAUUUCAACUUUGGCUUACUUAUCUAUUAGCUAUGAUAUUCGCAUCGAUCAACAAUACAGUUGCUAACAGUAAUUUGUCAACAAACCUGAAAAAAUCAUCAAUUCCAAUAUAUCGGUUGUAUCCAGAAAUCAAGCAGCAGACGGAAUUCCUUCAGAACUUACUAGUAAAUAAUACUAAGCUAGAUUUUUGGAAAGCACCAAGUGUAGUUGGUAGUCAAGUACAUGUGAUGGUUCAACAAGAGAUGAGGGAGAAAUUUCUGCGCUCAAUGAAAGCGCAUAAUAUUUCAUAUUCAAUUAUGAUUAACGAUGUUGAAGAGAAAAUAAGCAAAUUACGGGAUAAAGCUAGCAGGCUACGUCAAUAUAAUUGGUUACGAGAUGAUCCGUCAUCAUCACGUCGAGUCUAUUUCAAUUUGGCUCAAUAUCAUUCAUAUGAUGAAAUUAUCAAUUAUCUCUAUCAAUUGAAUGCUGCAUAUCAGGAUCGUAUAAUAGUGAGAACUAUUGGUCUCACUCAUGAAAGACGACCGAUAAAAUUAAUUACGAUUGGUAAGCCAAGAAAUUUCCCAAAAGCUGGCAUUUGGAUAGAUGGUGGUAUUCAUGCUCGUGAAUGGGUCUCUCCAGCCACUGUAUUGUAUAUAAUUGAUCAACUGGUAACGCAAUAUGAUAUAAAUCCCCAAAUUCAACGUCUUGUUGACGAGAUGGAUUGGUUCAUCGUUCCGUUGCUUAAUCCUGACGGUUAUGAAUAUACCCGAAGUAGUACGAAUCCGGAAGUUCGACUUUGGCGUAAAAAUCGUUCACCGAUGACUUGUCGGGUUUUACAGAAUGGGAUUUUUUCACAACCUCGACAAGAAUGUUGUCAAGGUGUUGACUUAAAUCGAAAUUAUGAUUGGCAGUACGGUAGAGAAGGUUCAUCCAGUGAUCCAUGUUCGGAAAUCUAUCAAGGCCCAUCUGCAUUCAGUGAACCAGAAACACGAGCCGUGCAUAGGUUCAUUUCCAAACGACGUGAUACGAUUAAAGCAUUCUUAACAUUUCAUAGUUAUUCGCAAAUUUUGAUGUACCCAUUUGGACAUCGCCAACGAACAUAUACAACUGAUGUUGCCGAUUUGAGAAAUACAGCAUUGCAAGCAGCAAAUGCUUUACGUGCUGCAUAUGGUACGGAAUAUACGGUUGGUACCGGUGCUGACACCUUAUAUCCAGCAUCAGGCGGGGCAGAAGAUUGGGCGAAAGGUCGAAUGGGAAUAAAAUAUUCAUAUUUAUUUGAACUACGACCAGAUGGAGAAGUUUGGAAUGGUUUUCUGUUAGAUGAAAGUCAGAUAAUACCAACAGCACGUGAAGCAUUCGAAGCCGUAAAAGUGAUUGCGAAUCGCGCAUCUGCGAUGUUUACACCAAAAAAUUUGCCGGAUGAAACAAAAGAAUGCACUGAUACUGAACCAUUCUGUGCCUAUUGGACUCAACACGGUUAUUGCGCCACUUGGGAAGUUAUGCGAAGAAUUUGCGCACGUUCAUGCGGUUUUUGUUAA